AAAGAUGGGGGGGUGAACCUUUGCUCCGCUCCUUCCGCCAACAUGAGGAUGAGGAGCAAAAUAGGCCCGUAAAGCUGAGGAAGGAGGAAAGGAGCGAGCUUUUACGGCCUGAUAGGACACAGAUAAGCUGGAAGGCAGAGACUCGGCCCCGCUGGGGUCUGGACUUUGUUCUGACUCAUCUGCUGGUUUAUCAGAACCUCCUCUCAGUUUCCUCCUGGACGCCGGAGCUGCCGCCCGCGUGAAGAUCUUCGCCUUCAGCAUCCCGACUCUCACGCCGUUUUCCUCAGAAACCAUGAUCAGCCGGAACUUCAAGAACAUCCUGGUGGUCUCCAUCGGGUUCCUGUCGCUCUUCACGGCGUAUGGGGGUCUGCAGAGCUUGCAGAGCAGCCUGAAUGCAGAGGAGGGGAUGGGGGUGGCGUCGCUGAGCGUCAUCUACGCCUCCAUCAUCAUCUCCUCCAUGUUCCUGCCCCCCAUCAUGAUCAAGAACCUGGGCUGCAAGUGGACCAUCGUGGUCGGCAUGGCCUGCUACGUGUCCUACUCCUUUGGGAACCUCUACCCUGGAUGGUACACCCUCAUCCCCACCUCGGUGAUCCUGGGUCUGGGCGGCUCCCCUCUGUGGUCGGCCAAAUGCACCUACCUGACCAUCUCUGGAAACAUCCAGGCGGCCAGGGAGGGGAAGAAGGGCUCUGACGUCAUCAACCAUUACUUCGGGAUCUUCUUCUUCAUCUUCCAGUCGUCCGCCGUGUGGGGGAACCUCAUGUCGUCCCUCAUCUUCGGACAGGACACGGCCAUCGCUGACAUCCCAGAAGAGGUGCUGGCGUCCUGCGGAGCGGCGGACUGCGGCCUCAACAUCUCGGUGAACAGCACCGCCACCAGGCCGGCUCAGAGGCUGGUGUGGACGCUGGUCGGGUGCUACAUCGGCGUGGGGGUGCUGGCCAUGAUCAUCAUCGCCGUCUUCCUGGACAACAUCGACCAGGAGCAGACCAGCCAGUUCCGGGAGAACCGGGAGCCGUUCUGCCACACGUUCCUGGCCACGUUCCGGCUGCUGAAGGACUGGCGGCUGCUGACGCUCAUCCCGCUGACCAUGUACAGCGGCUUCGAGCAGAGCUUCCUGUCUGGGGAGUACACCAAGAACUACGUGACCUGCGCUCUGGGAAUCCACUUUGUGGGCUUCGUGAUGAUGUGCUUCGGCGCCUCCAACUCGCUGUUCUCCUUCCUGUUCGGGAGGAUUUCUCGGUACACCGGCAGAGCGCCGCUCUUCCUUCUGGCGGCCUUGGCGAACUUCUCCUGCAUCAUCGCUCUGCUGUUCUGGAGGCCCCACCCGGACCAGCUGCCGGUCUUCUUCGUGUUUCCCGCCCUGUGGGGGAUGGCGGACGCCAUCUGGCAAACCCAGACCAACUCUCUGUACGGCGUCCUCUUCCCCAGGGAGAAGGAGGCGGCCUUCGCCAACUACCGCAUGUGGGAGUCGCUGGGCUUUGUCAUCGCCUUCGCCUACAGCACCUUCCUGUGCCUGGAGUACAAGCUCUACAUCCUGCUGGCGGUUCUGGUUCUGACCGUCAUCACCUACCCGGUGGUCGAAUACUACGAGCACAAGAACCCCACGGAGCCCGUGGAGGAGGGGGCCUACGAGAGCCACAAAGGGGGCCUGGAGGAGAACUCCGACAGGAUCAUCGCUCAGACCAGGAUCUAGAGGCUGAGGAAGAACUGAUGAAGAGGAAGAUGGGCUUUGUUUGCUUCCUUCUUCUUCCUCCAAACCCAAUUGGACUUUUCCGGUUUUCAUCUGAGGUUCAGAGGAUCCAGAACCCCAGAACCGGACCAGCAGACGUGUAACGAACUGUUCAGAGAUGAAGGAGCUUCUGAUGGACUGAAGCUCUUCUCUGAUGUCACAUGACCCCCCCCCCCCCCCCCCCUUCAUGUUCAUUUAUUAAAUCCUUGAAAAACAAUAAUAAUUCUUAAUAAUAAUCAUUUCUGGAGGUUUAUAAAUAAUUGAACAGAAUUCAAAUUCCUGACCCCCCCCAGCAGAAGAUGUGGGUUCAAAAACCUGCAGGGGGAGGAAGGACCCCCACCGCCAGCAGGGCGGGCCACUCCAGGCAUGGAGGGCUGCUGGGUCCAAGCCGGAUUACCUGGCUCAGGUGUGUCAGGGCAAUCAGAACAUGGCAGAGUGAGGCAUGCUGGGAACCGUGCAGGAGUCCCCGUCUGUCAGGAUCCAGGCCUGGGGGGCCGCUGACCUACAUGUCUUCACACCAGGCUGCUGUUGAAGCUCCUGAUUGGCCAAACACACCUGAUGCAGGUGAUCAGCAGCAGAUGAGACAGGAAAAGCAGCAGGAGGCCGGCCCCCCAGGCCUGGAGUCUGACACCCCUGGUGUGCAUGAAACGUCUCCAGGUUCUACUUUGUUCAGGAGUCUGGAGGACCUGAGGCUUGUAGAAUCUGAGAUGAAGCUUUCUUCCGUCCAAACGGAUCCCAGUGGAGGAAGCCUCCAUGGUCCUUAGCAGGGUCCUGGUUUCUGGAGGCUCUUCAGGUCCCUCAGAGUGAAAGUGGACCCAGAACCAGUUCCCAGAACCACACCUUCAGGGCUCUCCAACCCCUGUAGCUGACCCUGCUUCAGUAGCUGCUGCUCACCUGGAUCAGGUGCGUUCGGUCAAUCAGGGCGUUCACUCCGUCCAGCCAAUCGGGGUCAGCUGCAGAACCAGCAGGGUCGUCCUUCAGAAAGGCCUGUCUGGGAUUCAAACCCACACCUUUUUAUGGUUCAUUUGCUUUGGAGAACAGCUUUGUAUAAAGAUCUGAGGGUCAAAGGUGAA